UUGGAUCUGCAGCAACGAGGAGAGGCACGAGGCAAGCAUGAAGGCUAUAUCUUCACCUGGAGCUCGAGGACAGAGGGCCGCCAGAAGGAUUUCUAAACCUCAGAUGGAGAAGCGCAGGCGGGAGCGCAUCAACCACAGUCUGGAGACUCUGCGAGUUCUGAUGCUGGAGAGCACCCACAAUGAGAAACUAAACAAUCCGAAAGUGGAGAAGGCAGAGAUUCUAGAGAGUGUGGUCGAUUUCCUGAAGGCAGAGGAGGAUGUACAGAAGGAUCACCAGGCUUCAAAGAGGGCCCUGUCCGUGGAGCAGAGACCGGCCUGUGCCUGCCAGUCCAGCUACCAUGACGGCAUGAGGACCUGCCUGCUCAGGGUCAACCAGUUCAUAGCCAGCAAGAGCCAGGAGGCAGGGGAGCCCAGCGGAGCGGCUGUUCGGGCUUCCUUUACGCUUCCAGAGAUCCCCAUGCACCCCACCACUCCCGGCCACAUUCACCAUCCUCCUGCUGCUCUGCCUCCUCAUCCUCUGCCCUUCCAUCACCCCCAGCUCUCUCACCACUACCUGACGCAGACGGCUGGCUUCCACGCUGACACCAGCAAUCUGUCCCCCGCAGGUGUGGGGCACAUUCCUGAUCCCCUGUGGAGGCCCUGGCCUCAGUGAUUCCAGCUUAUGUGUCCAUGUAACUACUGUACCUACUGUAACUAUGCGAGCAAAAUGUAUAAAUGUGUAUUUUUUAGGCUACUGCGCAGCCUGUA